AUCUCGGCAAGGAUUUCUACGAAGGAGACAUCAUUCUCACAGCAGAAGAGCGCAUGAUAUUGAGUGGUAAAGGAUCAGCCAUGGCCAAGAGGAAUCAUAUCAGGGCAUUGUACUAUAUGUGGAGGACGAAAAAAAUUCCAUUCGAAAUAGACUCCGGCGCAAGUGACGUGAAGUCGAAUAUAUUGGCUGCCAUCAAAGUAUUUGAAGAAAAAGUCGGCUGCCUCAAAUGGACACCAAGAACCYYUGAAGACAAAUUCGUCAGAUUUGUCAGGAAAGYCGGGUAA